AUGAUGAACCUUCAAUCCACUUUUUUCCUCUUCGUGGCUAUUGCAAAUGCUGCUCCCCACCCUGUUGCCGUCAAUGAUUUCAACUUUGCGUCUCUUUUGGUCAAAUACAAUGACAAUAACAAUAAUGUUAAUCUUGGUCAGUACAGUUUUUUAGUAACUGAAUCUUCUGACUACACUAAACUCAUGUCUUACUACCAAACUGCUGAUAUUAUAACACCCACUCAGAUUCAAUCCUGGUUGAGUGACUACUACGAGAUUGCCACUGAUCCUUAUUUGGCUGAUAACCCAACCGUUGUUAACUCCUUGUUAACUGCCUUCCCCACCCAGGAAUACUAUACUUUGAUGAGCGAGCUUUUUCCUACUUCAAUUGUAGGUUCUUAUGAUAUUACUAGCAUUCUUGAAAGUGCUUAUGGUACUGGUACAGCCAAUUAUCCGUCCACCACGACUGUUGCUAAAGCUUCGCCAACCAUCACUGGUACUAGUACUGGCGCUAACACUAGCACCCAAAAAACUGAAACCGUCACUUCUCAACAAUCCACAUCUGUAACUCAAUUAUCAGGAGCUGUAAAUAACGGAGCUGAAAUGAAUGGCAAAACGCUUUCUGCUGCUGCAAUUGCACUUUCUUUUCUUUUCAGCGUUGCUUUGAUUAUUUAA